AUGAGUAAAUAUGCUCGUUGUAAUCACAAUGACAGCCGAUAUUGUCAAGGUACCUACAGAAUGUGGAAAAGAUGUACUGUUACCAAUCUGUGCGAUAUUGAAACAGAAUCACGAAUUUCAACAGUAAUCGCUAAAGCCAUUGGUAAAGCUAUGGAGAAACAUGACGAGGCUCAUGAUGAAGCUGUCAGUCCAUUAAUCACUGAAGCAGUUGAACUUACCUGGGAAGAACAACAUCAUAUUAAUCUGCUUGGAAUAAUUGUAUGCCUGAUAUUAGUUAUUAUUGCAAUCACAGCUCUAGAAAUACACCAUAUGGUUAUAUACUGGAAUAAAGUAGAAUAA